AUGGCCAAAGUGCAGGAACGACUCGCGAUACUCAGUCUAAACAUCUUUUGCCGUCCCGAAGGCAUUCACAGCGGCCAAUGGCUCGCCAAGACGGGCGACCACAAAGACCUGCGGGUCGCACUGCUGCUCGAGAAAAUGGCAAAGUUUGACGUUGUGCUUCUGCAGGAGAUGUUUGAAGCAGGAACGCGGCAGGCGCAGUUUGUGCAAAAGGCGUUCGACUUGGGCUUUCACUACCACUGCGGCUCCGUGUGGCCACAGCUAUUGGGCUCGCGACUCAUUGACGGCGGACUGCUCAUUCUCAGCCGCUACCCGAUCGUCGAUCGCGAUCAGAUGAUGUACUCCCAGGGCGCGGGCAGUGACGGAAUGUGCGCGAAAGGUGUGCUCUAUGCGCGCAUCCAGCUAUCACCUGAGCCCUCGGAUUCCCUGCACGUGUUUACGACCCAUACGCAAGCAGGAGACCGCCUGAGAGAGUACACGAUCCGACUGUCUCAGCUGCAAGAGAUGCACAAGUUCCUGGCCAAGCACAUUGACAAGGACCCUGACGUGCCCGUGCUCAUUACGGGCGACUUUAACCUCGAUGCACGACAUGAUCUCGUGCACGAUCCCCGUACUGGUGCAGCCUACAGCACGCGCUGUCGAGAGAGUCGUGUGUACCAGCAACUGGUCGCCGAUGUCGAGCGGGUUGUACGUGAAGCGAGGCUGAAAGCUGCAGGGAACACGGGGGAACAGGUUAUGGACAGCUCGUCGUCAAACUCGUUGGUCGUUGACCUCAUGAAGCACUGCGACACGACGAAACUGGGCGACGAAGUCCACCCGAUCACGAAUGGCGAUGGCCACUCUUUGCUCGUGCACGAAACGGACCCUCUGUCGCUCGACAAGGACGGCAAAUGCAUCGACUACAUGUUCUUCGUGCCAAAGGCUCGUGCUGCAGCUGCUGCGAUUGGGAAAACCAUUGCGACCAACGACAACGACAGCAUUGAUCGUGAUGGCAACAAACACAAAGGCCACGAAAGUGGUGAAGAGAUAGCGUUACCGCGCUUUCAAUUGACUCUGGUGAAAGAUGCUACAUUGGUAGACCAUUGCUCUGUGGCCGAGCUCGUAAAAGAUGGCGCACACGAAGGCUACAGCACAAUGGGCAACCAUUUGCGCCAGCACCCGUUACCGAUCACGCACCUGUCCGAUCACUACGGCCUGCGAGCUUUGUUCUCGCUGGAACUCAUGAGCAUGAAGCGACCCGAUGGUCAAUGUAUGGACAAGAACGAGUCGCUCUUGUCCGUGUUGCAGCUACACUUCCCACACCGCAUCUUUGCUCAAAAACCUCAGCGGCUGUGGAAGUGGAAGCUAGCGUUCACACUUUUCGCAAUCGUAGCUGCUGCUGGCAGUGUCACUCUGGUUACGAUCCGCACGAUGCUGAAUGCUGUGGUCAGCUGA